AUGAAGAGUUUUGUAUUCAUAUCGGAGGAGAUCAGCAAUGGUUUAGUACUUAUGAAGAAAAUGAGCAAAGAUGGCCUAUUGAUAAGAAUAAGCACAUGUCAUCACCCGUCGCCUACUCAACAAAUGACCAUUUUCAUAAUCCGAUCGGAGGUAUUAUUGAGUACUUAUUUCUUGGUUCCCAUGGAUUUGCGAUAUGCUGCCAAUAAUUGGAUUCAAAAGCCAACCGGUAUUCCCGAUGAAAGGAUGUUUAAAAAUCCCAUCUGGUCAACGUGGGCUAAAUAUCACGCCGACAUAACACAGCAAAAAGUACUGGAUUUCGCUCAAGAGAUCAAAUCUCACGGCUUUUCAAACAGUCAAAUAGAAAUCGACGACAAAUGGGAAGCAAAAUACGGAGACUUUUCUUUUGAUACAAAAAAGUUUCCAAAUCCUCGAGAAAUGGUUACAAAACUUAAAGAUAAUGGAUAUCGAGUGACACUUUGGGUCUAUCCCUUCAUUAAUGCCGAUUGCGAUGUAUUUAACAAAGAAAGUCAAUAUUUGAUUAAAACCCAGAAUAACUCAAUAGCUGUGAAGGACUGGUGGAAUGGAAAGGGAGGACACAUCGACUUCACCAAUAAGAAGGCUCAGCAAUGGUUUAUCUCACGCUUACAACACAUUAAAAACACAACAGGAAUCGAUUCAUUUAAGUUUGACGCGGGAGAGCUCGGAUGGAUUAGUGCAGACUUCAAAUUUAAUGAUCCGGUUAUCAAUGAAACGCCCGUCACUUUAACUCAAUUAUAUGCCGAAACUGCCUCUCAAUUGGGAGUUGUAUAUCCGAUGGCUUCAAGUGAACACUUUGAUCCAACGGCACUUAUGAUGUCAAUCGGCGGCUAUAGCUUUGUGUUGCCGGAUAUGAUCGGUGGUAACGCUUACGGGAAUUUCCCGUCAAAGGAGUUGUAUAUCCGAUGGCUUCAAGUGAACACUUUGAUGCCAACCAUUCAAUUCUCGAUCACUCCCUGGGAUUUCAAAGAAUCGUCUCAAGAAGUGAUAGAUAUCAGCAAAUCUAUGCUUAAACUUCACGAACAAUUUACUCCAUUAAUAAUAGAGUUGGCGAAGAAUUCAGUGAAAACGGGUGAACCUAUAAUGAGACCCAUUUGGUGGAUCGCACCCAACGAUCCCAAAGCUUUUCUAAUUGACGAUCAAUUUUUCGUCGGUACUGAUCUUCUCGUAGCGCCCGUUACCACAGAUAAGGCCCGAAAACGAGAUAUUUAUUUGCCUUCAGGUGAAUGGAAAGACCAGAGAGGAGUGGUUCACACCGGACCACAAACUCUCACUGAUUUUAAGGCUGAGUUAAACGAAUUGCCAUAUUUUACCAGAAAUAAUUAA